AUCCAGUGGUCACUCAGUGGUCACUUCGUGGUCAUCCAGUGGUCACUCAGUGGUCACUCAGUGACCAGUCCAGGGGUCACUCUCAGGCUGAUCCAGUGGUCACUCAGUGGUCACUCAGUGACCAGUCCAAGGGUCACUUCCAGCGGUCACUCAGUGGUCACUCCAUGGUCACUUUGUGGUCACUCAGUGACCAAACCAAUGGUCACUCCAAGGCCAAUCCAGUGGUCACUCAGUGACCAGACCAAGGGGUCACUCAGGGGUCACUCCAUGGUCACUUUGUGGUCACUUUAAGGGGUCACUCCAUGGUCACUUCAAGGGGUCACUCAGUGGUCACUCGGUGACCAGUCCAGGGGUCACUCAGUGGUCACUCCAUGACCAGUCCAAGGGUCACUUCCAGCGGUCACUCAGUGGUCACUCCAUGGUCACUUCCAGGGUCAUUCAGUGGUCACUUCCAGUGGUCACUCAGGGGUCAAUCCAAGGCUGAUCCAGUGGCCACUCGGGUCACUCAGGGGUCACUCAGUGGUCACUCUCUGGUCACUCAGGGGUCACUCCAAUGCCAAUCCAGUGGUCACUCAGUGGUCACUCCAUGGCCAGUUUUUGGUCACUCAGUGACCAGUCCAGGGGUCAUUUCCAGGGUCAUUCCAAGGCAAAUCCAGUGGUCACUCAGUGGUCACUUUGUGGUCAUUCAAUGGUCACUCUGUGGUCACUCAGUGACCAGUCCAAGGGUCACUUCCAGUGGUCAGUCCAUGGUCACUUCCAGGGUCACUCAAUGGUCACUUUGUGGUCACUCACUGACCAGACCAAGGCUCACUCCAAGGCUGAUCCAGUGGUCACUCAGUGGUCACUCUGUGGUCACUCAGGGGUCUCUCAGUGGUCACUCAGUGACCAGACCAAGGGUCACUCCAGGGGUCUCUCAGUGGUCACUCAAUGGUCACUCUGUGGUCACUUCCAGGGUCUCUCCAUGGUCACUUCCAGGGUCACUCAGUGGUCACUCUCAGGCCAAUCCAGGGUCACUCAGUGACCAGUCCAGAGGUCACUCUCAGGCCGAUUCAGUGGUCACUCAGUGGUCACUCAGUGACCAGUCCAGUGGUCACUCAGUGACCAGUCCAGGGGUCACUCCAGGGUCAAUGCACUGGUCACUCAGUGGUCACUCAGGAUCACUCAGUGGUCACUCCGGUUCACUCAGAGAUCAGUGGUCACUCAGUGGUCACUCAGAUGCCAGUGGUCACUCAGCGGUCACUCCUGGGCACUCAGCGGUCACUGGUCACUCAGUGGUCACUCAGUGGUCACUCCGGUUCACUCAGAGAUCGGUGGUCACUCAGUGGUCACUCAGAUGCCAGUGGUCACUCAGCGGUCACUCCUGGUCACUCCUGGUCACUCAGCGGUCACUGGUCACUCAGUGGUCACUCAGUGGUCACUCAGUGGUCACUCAGUGGUCACUCGGUGUUCACUCAGAUGACAGUGGUCACUCAGUGGUCACUCAGUGGUCACUCAGCGGUCACUGCUGGCCGCAGAAGGCGGCGUGGGCCCCCAGGGCGACCCCUCCGGCCGCGGCGAUGGCGACUUCGGCCAGCAGAGUGACCACGGCCACGGCCAGCGGCUGCUGCGGCAGCGGCACCUGCAGCGGUCACUCAGUGGUCAGUGGUCAGUGGUCACUCAGGGGCACUCAGGGGUCACACAGGGGUUAGGGCUCACUCAGUGGUCAC